CUGUCUCCCCCUGGUGGCGCUUUCCUUUGUAAAGUUUUGUCCGGUGAAUAAAUGACGUAGUUUUUCAAGAUGGCGGCGCCCAAAUCCGCCAUGAAAUUCUGGAAACCCGGGGCUGAGGCACCGGGAGUGUGUGAGGAGAGGGAGCUGAACAGCGAGCCGAGUGGCACCGCUAUCAUCUACAACCCUUAUGGUGCCCUGUCUGUGGAGAAACAGAGGCAGAAGCUGCCCGUCUUUAAGCACAGGAACAACAUCCUGUACAUGUUGGAAAGCUUUCAGACCGUCGUGAUCCUGGGUGAGACCGGCUCGGGGAAGAGCACCCAGGUUCCUCAGUACCUCCUGGAGGCCGGGUGGGCUGCAGAGGGGAAGGUAAUUGGCGUGACUCAGCCUCGGAGAGUAGCUGCGACGUCGGUGGCCGCUCGGGUCGCAGAAGAACGUGGAGCGUUUUUGGGUCAUGAGGUGGGAUACACCAUCCGCUUUGACGACUGCUCUGACCCACAAGCCACCCGUAUAAAGUUCCUGACAGACGGGAUGUUGGUCAGGGAGAUGAUGGCUGACCCUCUGCUGAAAAAGUACAGCUCUCAGAUUCAGAGGAAGAGGGGAGACCUGAGACUAAUCGUUGCUUCUGCUACACUGGAUGCCAAGAAAUUUCAGGACUUUUUUAAUCUGAAUGAAUCUGGAGACCCGAGCAAGGACACGUGUGGGAUCCUGAGCGUCGAGGGCCGCACUUUCCCUGUGGAUGUGUUCUACACAGUCAGUCCAGUUCCAGAUUAUGUAAAGGCCACAGUGGAAACCGUUCUAAAGAUUCACGAAGCUGAGGAUGACGGAGAUGUUCUAGCGUUCCUCACUGGACAGGAGGAGGUGGAGAAGGUGGUGUCCAUGCUCCAGGAUCAGGCUCGCUCUCUGUCUCGUCACGGCCUGAAGAAACAUCUGCGUGUCCUGCCCAUGUACGCAGGCCUGCCUUACUCUGAGCAGCUGAAGGUGUUUGAGAGGCUGCCACCUACUGUCCGAAAGGUGGUGGUUGCCACGAACAUCGCCGAGACGUCCAUCACCAUCAACGGCAUCGUGUUCGUGAUCGACUGUGCGUUCGUCAAGCUGCGAUGCUACAACCCGCUCACGGCCAUCGAGUCUCUAGUGGUGACGCCGAUCUCCAAAGCCUCGGCGUCCCAGAGAGCAGGAAGAGGAGGACGCAACCGGCCCGGGAAAUGUUUCCGUCUUUACACGGAGGAAGACUUCGAGAAGCUUCCGGAAAGCACCGUGCCCGAGAUGCAGCGCAGUAAUCUGGCACCGGUCAUCCUGCAGCUCAAAGCGCUGGGCAUCGACAACGUCCUGCGCUUCAGCUUCCUGUCUCCGCCCCCGGCUCAGACCAUGGUGCAGGCGUUAGAGCUGCUCUUCGCUCUUGGUGGUCUGGAUCAGUACGGGCGUCUGACGGAGCCGGCGGGGGUCCGCAUGGCCGAGUUCCCCCUCAGCCCCAUGUUUGCUAAGAUGCUUCUCGAGUCGGGAAACUUCGGCUGUUCCAAAGAGAUCAUCAGCAUCGCCGCCAUGAUGCAGAUCCAGAACGUGUUCGUGGUGCCGUCCAAUCAAAAGAAAGCGUCCGCGCGCGAGCACAGGAAGUUUGCCGUGGCUGAAGGCGAUCAUCUGACCAUGCUGAAUGUCUACGAGGCGUUUGUGAAGCAUCAGAAGAGUUCUCAGUGGUGUCAGGAGCACUUCCUGAACUAUAAAGGUCUCCUGCGUGCCAUGACGGUCCGAGAGCAGCUCCGUCGCCUGCUGAACAAGUUCAAGGUUCCUCGGACCUCCAGCGAAGGAGACCCCGAUGUCAUCCUGAGGUGCAUCGUGUCAGGAUUCUUCGCUAACGCGGCUCGCUUGCAUCACUCCGGAUCUUACAGGACUUUACGAGACGACAGAGAGCUUCACAUUCAUCCCAACUCUGUGCUCUAUGGGGAGAAACCUCCAAAAUGGGUGGUCUUUAACGAGGUGAUUCAGACCUCCAGGUACUACAUGCGAGAUGUGACUGCGGUGGAAUCGUCCUGGCUGGUGGAACUGGCACCUCAUUUUUAUAAACAGGCCGCGCACGGCUCUCUGGGAAGCAAGAGGUCCAAAGUCUUCUGAACUCCUCAUCCAUCGUGACCGGCUGGUGAACUAAUGAUCCUAAAGUACUUGAGACACACACACACACACACACACACACACACACACCCAUCAGAAGGCCGCAGAACUGAGACGAAUAUUUAUCCUUGUAUAUACGUGUACGAUAUAAUUAUUUCCUCCUAUUCAGAUGAAUUCGUCCACCAGCACAUGAACACCAAAUUGUCAGAGGUCAUUCAUGGGGCAUUUUUUUUUGCUUUCCUUUUCCUUUUUGUACUUUGUGCAUGGCCUAAAUAGGGAAGUGAAAUAUCUUUAUUUUUUUUUUUCCUUAACGAAAAGACCGUGAUCUCGACGAAGAGCGGAUUUCGCCACGUCUUUCGGAUGUAUUUUUUUUUCUUCUUUUCAUUUUACCAAUAUUUUUUUUCCUCAUAGAAAUACUGUGUAGCUGAGAUUUAGUGGCCUUUUCCUCACCAUUAUGUGCCAAAUAUUCGACCUAUUUUAUAAUAUGAAAAAACUUUGCCAUUUUUAAACCAGUGCCUAAAAAUGUGCUUUUAAUUAACUUCACAGAAAUCCUGGAUUUUUUUUUUUCCAGUUCUUUUACAACAUUCCAUGCUGAUUUUCUGAAAUUGAUCAGAAAAUUGUAUUUUUUCGUUAGUGAGCUUCAUGCUUUAUAAAUGUUACGUUAUUGCCCCACGGUGUACUUUUUAAAAUAAACAACUAAAUAAAAGUUUUGGAAAGAGAGCACAAACAAAAAUGGUCCGGAUUUAGACCUCGACCUGCGUUCUAUUUAUUAAAGGUUUAUCCUUAAGCUUUAAUACAAACAUCUGCAUGCUAACGAUGCGUAAUUAUGACCGUAAUCCGACUUUAUAACCUUGUAUAGUCGAGCUGUAGCUGCUGCUCAGGUCACGAUGGUGUUAUUCCAGCAGUAUUACUCCAACAUCCAUGUCCUGCAUGUUGAGUUCCUCUCAGAACACUGUGAAAAUCAUACGUAGUGUGUAGCGUGCACACACACACACACACACACACACACACACACACACACACAGACACACUCUUAAUCUCAGCAAUAAUCUUCAUUCCUACAGUAAGUUACGACCUCCAGGAAACUUCCACCUCUCUUUACAUCUCAAACCUCUGUAUAAACAUCGGAAUAAAUCAGAAUCUUCACCCA